CGACAGAGCUUCGAAUGUUCAACGCGUGAUCGAUAUUGUACUACUUGAACACUUCUACGAUUCCUGCAAAUUUCGCUGGCAGAGACUGCAAGAUGUCGGCUCAGAACUCAGCUGGUAUCCAGACGCUGUUGGAUGCGGAGAGAGAAGCACAGAAGAUCGUUCAGAGAGCGAGAGAGUACCGUACAAAGCGCAUAAAGGAGGCAAGGGACGAGGCAAAGAAGGAGAUCGACACAUACAGGAAGACCAAGGAGGCCGAGUUCAAGAAGUUCGAGUCUGAGCACACGAGCGGAAACAAGCAGGCCGAAGAGGAUGCGAACAAGGAGGCUGAGUCGCAGGUGAAGGAGAUCCAGCAGGCAGGAAAGGCUGGGACGGAUGAGGUUGUCAAGGCGCUGUUGAAGGGUGUUACGGAUGUGAACCCACAAGCACCCCAGCGCGUUGUAGUGCCAGUAUAAAUGCAAGCUCUAGUGACGGCGAUGGAGAUGCAUUGAAGACUAGGGUUUGAGCCACGGCGCGCUUCGGAUAGACGGUCUGGGCUGGGGCUGCAAGGUCGAGGGUAUGUGGUGUUUUGAGAGCGUUAUUAUAGAUGUAGCUCACUACAGAAGUUGGAGAGUUAUCAAUUGAGCGUUGCACUCUACGAGCUAUUGCUACAUCUUCUCCAGCUUGUCUGGCGCCACUUGAUUAAAGCUGAUGCAGCCCACACUUCGAGGCCCAGG